AUGACUGCUGACUGCUGUCUAAAGUAUGUGAAAGAGUUAGAUAAAAGGACUCAAAGACAUGCAGUGACUUACAAGCAUCAGAAGCCAGAUGGAGGCUGCAACAUCCCUGCUGUAAUCUUCAUCAUGAGGAGGGGGCGGCUGUUUUGCACAAACCCUAACGAGAAGUGGGUCAAAGAACUGAUGCAGAAGAUAGACAAAAAGGGAUACAAACACCUGAAGCACAAUCCACGACAUCCAAUGAAAAACUGAAGACGACUGCUCAAAGCGCUGGUCGCUGUUAAUCAAUCUGCCCUGUUGAGCAACAAGCAGUUUUAUUGAGGUUUAAUGGUGUCUAAAAGGCCAGUGAUGAGUGGGGUAUGGAAAUGUUGUAGCACUGCUUUUGCUUUCACUCUGCAUUAAGGUCAAAAGCU